CAGAUCUGCGAGCUCCUCCUCACUCAUUUUCUGUAAAAAUAACCAAGAGAUUAUGAACGUUCUCAAGAUCUAACAUUUUAAUCACCGCACUCUCCUGUCUCCAAGUUGACUCAAUUUCGCCCAACCCCUCUUUUCUCCGGAGAUCUCAUCGAUUAAGAAAAACAAUCAGGCAACAUGGAGAAAUCUUGUACUAUGCUCAUUCACUUUGACAAAGGAACACCAGCAAUUGCAAAUGAAAUUAAGGAGGCUCUUGAAGGCAAUGAUGUGCCUGCUAAGGUUGAUGCCAUGAAGAAGGCGAUUAUGCUUUUGUUGAAUGGAGAAACCUUGCCUCAGCUUUUUAUCACCAUAGUUAGAUAUGUGUUGCCUUCUGAGGACCACACAAUACAAAAAUUAUUGCUUCUAUAUUUGGAGAUCAUUGAGAAAACAGAUGCUAAAGGUAGGGUUUUACCAGAGAUGAUUUUGAUAUGCCAAAAUUUGAGGAACAAUCUUCAGCACCCUAAUGAGUAUAUUCGAGGGGUUACAUUGAGGUUUCUUUGCCGGUUGAAUGAGACAGAGAUAAUUGAGCCAUUGAUUCCUUCCGUUUUGCAAAAUUUGGCACAUCGCCAUCCAUAUAUUAGGAGAAAUGCUAUAUUAGCUGUAAUGUCGAUAUAUAAGCUUCCACAGGGUGAGCAGCUUUUAGUUGAUGCGCCUGAAAUGAUUGAGAAGGUUCUCGCGACAGAGCAGGAUCAAUCUGCAAAGAGGAAUGCAUUCCUCAUGCUCUUUACUUGUGAUCAGGACCGGGCAAUUAAUUACCUUUUGACCAAUGUUGAUAGGGUUCCUGAAUGGGGCGAAUUACUUCAAAUGGUUGUGUUGGAGUUGAUUCGAAAAGUGUGCAGAACAAACCGGGGAGAGAAGGGAAAGUACAUCAAGAUCAUUAUAUCUUUGUUGAAUGCCCCUUCAACCGCAGUUAUUUAUGAAUGUGCCUCAACACUUGUCUCUCUGUCAUCUGCACCGACUGCUAUCAGAGCUGCUGCUAACACCUACUGUCAGCUUCUUCUUUCACAGAGUGACAACAAUGUAAAGCUUAUUGUGCUUGACCGACUGAAUGAGCUCAAGUCUUCACACAGAGAGAUCAUGGUUGAUCUUAUCAUGGAUGUGCUUAGGGCGCUUUCCAGUCCUAAUCUUGACAUUCGCAGGAAGACACUUGAUAUUGUGCUUGAGUUGAUAACUCCACGAAACAUCAAUGAAGUGGUUCUCAUGUUGAAGAAGGAAGUCGUGAAGACCCAGGGUGGAGAGCUUGAGAAGAAUGGUGAGUACAGGCAAAUGCUUAUUCAAGCCAUCCAUUCUUGUGCUAUUAAGUUCCCUGAAGUUGCAAGCACAGUAGUACAUCUGCUGAUGGAUUUCUUGGGAGAUAGCAACAUUGCUUCAGCUAUCGAUGUUAUUGUUUUUGUUCGGGAAAUAAUCGAAAUGAAUCCUAGAUUGCGGGUCUCUAUCAUAACCAGACUAUUGGACAAUUUCUACCAAAUCCGAGCCGCACGGGUUUGCACUUGUGCUCUUUGGAUCAUUGGAGAGUAUUGCCAGUCUCUUUCUGAAGUUGAGAGUGGCAUAGCAACCAUUAAGCAGUGUCUUGGAGACUUGCCCUUUUUUUCUGUUUCUGAAGAAGGGGAAGAUACUGACACAACUAAGAAGGCUCCACAGCCAAACUCAAUUACUGUCUCUUCCAGAAGACCAGCUAUUCUUGCGGAUGGAACUUAUGCUACUCAGAGUGCUGCCUCGGAAACUGCUUUUUCCCCUCCUACCAUAGUUCAAGGAACAUUGACUUCUGGGAAUUUAAGAUCCCUUCUUCUCACUGGGGACUUUUUCCUUGGGGCAGUUGUGGCUUGCACAUUGACAAAGCUUAUUCUGAGAUUGGAGGAGGUGCAGUCAUCUCAAGUUGAAGUCAAUAAAGCAUCCACUCAGGCAUUGUUGAUCAUGAUCUCCAUGCUGCAAUUGGGACAAUCUUCGGUCCUUCCACACCCAAUUGAUAAUGAUUCUCAUGAUAGGAUUGUCCUGUGCAUAAGAUUGCUAUGCAAUACUGGAGAUGAGAUCAGGAAGAUAUGGUUGCAGUCUUGCCGUCAGAGUUUUGUAAAAAUGCUUUCAGAGAAACAUUUAAGGGAAACUGAGGAACUAAAAGCAAAGGCUCAGGUUUCUCAUGCACAACCAGAUGAUCUUAUCGACUUCUACCAUCUAAAGAGCAGGAAGGGAAUGAGUCAGCUGGAGUUGGAAGAUGAGGUACAAGAUGAUCUAAAACGUGCAACUGGAGAGUUCAUCAAGGAUGGGGAUGAUGCAAAUAAGCUUAACCGCAUUCUUCAACUCACUGGAUUUAGUGACCCUGUAUAUGCUGAGGCAUACGUGACUGUUCAUCACUAUGAUAUUGUCCUUGAUGUUACAGUUAUUAAUCGCACAAAGGAAACCCUCCAGAAUUUGUGUCUGGAAUUGGCAACCAUGGGUGAUCUUAAACUUGUUGAGCGUCCACAAAAUUAUACACUAGCACCUGAAUCAAGCAAGCAAAUAAAGGCCAACAUCAAGGUGUCCUCAACUGAAACUGGAGUCAUAUUUGGGAACAUUGUCUAUGAGACUUCAAAUGUGCUCGAACGAACAGUUGUUGUCCUCAACGACAUUCACAUUGACAUCAUGGACUAUAUCUCUCCUGCAGUUUGUACAGAUGCAGCUUUCAGAACUAUGUGGGCAGAGUUUGAAUGGGAAAACAAGGUUGCUGUUAACACAGUGAUUCAAGAUGAGAAGGAGUUCCUUGAUCAUAUUAUCAAAUCAACCAACAUGAAGUGUCUCACUGCACCAUCUGCCUUGGAUGGUGAAUGUGGAUUCCUGGCAGCAAACUUGUAUGCCAAGAGUGUGUUUGGCGAGGAUGCAUUGGUAAAUGUUAGCAUUGAGAAACAGAUCGACGACAAAUUGAGUGGGUACAUCAGGAUAAGGAGCAAGACCCAGGGUAUUGCCCUUAGUCUAGGGGAUAAGAUCACUCUCAAGCAGAAGGGAGGCAGUUGAGGUAGAAUAACAGCAUAAAUAUUUCCUCCAAAACUGGUGCUUUGCCUGAAAAUUAGAAGACUGCCCUCCCAUUUUUGUUCACAUUUGUAUUUAGGCAUUCAGGAAGUGAAGUUUAUAAUUGAGCCAUAUGUUUCAGUAAAAGUUAUUAUCUGAACGAUGAUUAAAAUUGCCCCCUUUUUUUCUAGUUUUACGCUAGCAAUUUGUCCUUUUGAUACAGGAUUUCGUUAUGAUUCUUCAACAGUGUUGAAUUUAAGUUCUGUUA